UGAUGACACCAAUACAGAAUGUUGGCAUCUCAUGCUGGCACCUUUUUGGUCAUUUGUCCCUUUUUGUUCACUGGAAACAUAACACUCAACCAGCUACCUAAACAUUGCCUUGGUCUCCAUUAAAGAGGUCUUGCUGCUGUCCAGUCGCCAGAAGUAACCCUUUAGCGGUGUGGACCCUGGGGGAGAGGGAACAACACUCCCAGCCUUGAGGGAGAGCCCAGAUCAGUUUCAAGACAACCAGUUCCACGUGGAGCUUUUGUGACAUGUGUAUGUGGCUGAGUGUAAGUUACACCUUGGGUGAGUAUUCGCAGGCCUUGCCCGCGCUAGUCCCGAGGUCAGAAAAUGAGGGCGGAGUAUCUAUAAACUCCUUUGGGUUUUUAUCUGGGCAGCGACAAGUAUUGGGCUCCCGAUACUGCAACUGGCGCUGCUGCGUAACGUGCUUCCACAUUUUGUUUCCGGGCCUGGAUUCCGCCGCGCUGCUGGAGUGUUUCCGGUGGGGACCAUAUCCCCUCUGACCGCGCCACAUCAUGCCCCUCAGCUUCUUCCGCCGCCUUCUUCUUGCCGCCCUGCUGCUAGUGAUUGUCUGGACCCUCCUUGGAGGAAUCGGAGAGGAGCUGCUGAGCCUCUCGCUACACUCGCUGCUCCCGGCCCCGGCCGCGGCCCCUUUAGGACCGCCCCUGGCCCUGCCGCGUCUCCUCAUCCCCAACAGGGAGGCGUGCAGGGGUGCUGGCGUCCCUCCCUUCCUGCUAAUCUUGGUGUGCACGGCCCCAGAGAACCUGAACCAGAGAAAUGCCAUUCGAGCCUCAUGGGGUGGUCUGCGCAAGGCUCGGGGACUCAGGGUGCAGACUCUCUUCCUGCUAGGGGAGUCGUGGAGACAGGAGCCCAACUGGGACAACCACAUCAACGACCUGGCUUUGGAGUCCGCAGCCCAGGGGGACAUCAUGCAGGCCGCCUUCCAGGACUCCUACCGCAACCUCACCCUCAAGACCCUCAGUGGGCUGAACUGGGCCUACAAACACUGCCCCAUGGCCCGCUACAUCCUCAAGACUGAUGAUGAUGUGUAUGUCAACGUCCCGGAACUUGUAUCAGAACUGGUCAAGAGAGGUGGCCAUUGGGAGCAAUGGGAGAGGGGCAUGGACCCCAAGAGAGGGGCUGGAGUUGGAGAUGAAGCCCAGGAACAAAGAGGCCCAGCCUUUAGCACCAAGCCCAUGCCUCUCCUGUACUUGGGCCGUGUGCACUGGCGGGUGUACCCCUCUAGAACACCAGGGGGCCGGCACCAAGUAUCAGACCAGCAAUGGCCUCCCACCUGGGGCCCCUUCCCACCCUAUGCCUCCGGCACAGGGUAUGUACUGUCAGCUUCCGCAGUGGAGCUCAUCUUGAGGGUGGCCAGCCAGGUACCCCUUUUGCCACUGGAGGAUGUCUUUGUGGGGGUAAGUGCCCAAAGAGGAGGCCUUAUCCUAACCCACUCUGUCAGGCUGGCCGGUGCUACCAACUAUCCCCUGGACCGGUGCUGCUAUGGGAAAUUCCUGCUGACAUCCCACAAGUUGGACCCCUGGACGAUGCAGCAGGCCUGGAAGCUGGUGGAUGGCCCUGAAAGGGAAAGGACUACACCUUUCUGCUCCUGGCUCCAAGGAGUCCUAGGUAUCCUGCGGUGUCGGGUAAUAGCCUGGCUUCACAGCUGAGUGUGACUGGGUCCCAGGAGAGGAGUGAGGAGCCACGGGUCCAGCCUGUACCCCCAGGACCUUGUCUCUCCCAGGCCCAAGACAAGGCCUUAGCUGGCUGCAGCUGAUCAGUUUUUUCACACCAGAUCCUCAGUCUGGCACUGCAAAACUGAGGGACAUUGAAGAAACCCAGGGGCCUGGCCUGCCAGCCCUGAAGACGGUCAUCAAUAAUAGCAAAAAUUGCCAGGGU